UCACGUGCCAUCGCUUCUCAAUUGGUUUCUCAGACCGAGGGUAUCAAAACGAGAGAGUACUCUGCGUCCACGGACAGGAAGAAAACUCUCCAGUUGUCUUGAAUUAUAUGCUGAACAUCAACCAUAAAUGCGGUUGUGUACUGUAGAUGUGAGAAGCUGAAGCAUGUACAACUAAAUAUGUUCUAAGUUUAAGCAGUUGAAUAAUUCUGUUUUUUUUUUGUUUUCUCGGUAUAACGCGUAAAAUAUUGCGUUUUGUCGUGAAGAGUGCUUUUUUCACAAUAUGAUGAACUUCCGAUAGAAAUCUCUUCUAUAUAUAUAUAUAUACUUAUAUAAAAGAAAGUUUGAUAUCAUCUAUUCAAGAUCUUAUGGGUUAAAAUAUGUUAUGAACUUUGUUAAUUAUAUCAAAAUCUUUUAGCCAGUAACGCAAUAAUAAUAAUAAAAAUAAGAACAAAGAAUUGUCUAGUUACUGCAGCGUUAAAAACUCAUCAAGAUGCACUAAGAUACACACGUCUCCACAGUUCGUUUUUAUCAACUCUCCUUCGUUAUCAGUAGCUAUGUAUGGAUUGAUUUUGGAGAACUUUAGCCGAUACAUCUGUAAGGAGUACGGAGAAGAAAAAUGGGAAGAAAUACGGAAAUUGGCAAAAGUGGAACAAAAUAACUUCACGACCCAUCAAGUAUACCCGGAUUGCUAUGUCUCAAGGCUUACAGCUAGAGCUUGUCAGGUUUUGAAUGUUUCAAAAAAAGAUUUACUUGAAGCCAUGGGAGUGAGUUUUAUCUCUUUUAUAAGACAGUAUGGAUACGAUCAGCUUUUGUCCGUUCUUGGCCGUCAUAUGAGGGACUUUCUAAAUGGUUUAGACAAUCUUCACGAAUACCUGAAAUUCAGCUAUCCAAAGAUUAACGCGCCUUCUUUUUUUUGUGAGAACGAAAGUCCCACUGGACUGACCCUUCACUACCGUAGCUCCCGUCGCGGAUACCUGUGGUAUACGGUAGGACAGAUAAGAGAAGUCGGCCGCCAUUUCUACAACACAGACGUUGCGAUCGAAGUGCUAAAACAGGAGACAUUGUUGAAUAGUGUACAUGUCACGAUGCGACUUUCCUUUGACAAUACAGCCUUUCAGUUAGAACAACAACAGAAACAAGUAAACAGAGUGGACCACUUCAUGCUCCCGAUUAAAUUCAGUUUGUUUAUGGAUAUAUUUCCCUUUUCAAUCAUUUUCGACAAGGAUCUUUUUAUUACACAAACAGGGAAUAGCUUGCGGUACGUCAUGCCGUUUUUGGUAGGUCAUAAACUACUGGACGUGUUUGAACUCACCCGGCCAUUAAUUCAAUUUUCUUGGUUUUCGAUACUGGACCAUACCAACAACAUAUUCGAAUUAAAAUCUCUGGAGCUGGUUCGACCUCAAAAGAACAAUAGUGAUGAUACCAGUUAUCAUAUUCCAGGAAGUUGUUCCAGUCUGGAAGUUCGUGAUCAGGAUUAUGAGUUGUAUCCCGAAGAUAAACUAUUGCACUUGAAAGGACAAAUGUUGCACAUGGAAGAAUGGAAGAACAUAGUAUUCCUUGGAACACCUGUUAUUAGAGACUUGGACUCCAUGAUCAAGACUGAAAUCUUUAUCAACGACCUCAGCAUGCAUGAUUUUAGCAGGGAUAUGGUGCUAGCUCAUCAACAACAAUCUGCUGAACUGAAGCUGGCGUUAGAUCAAGAACUUAAAAAAAGUCAACAGCUGGAGAAGUCCAUGAAAAAGUUGGACAAAGAGAUGAGAAGGACUGAUGAACUGUUGUACCAAAUGAUACCCAAACAAGUAGCUGAUAGGCUUAGGAAAGGAGAAGCAUCCGUAGACACGUGUCAGGAAUUCGACUCAGUAACCAUCCUCUUUAGUGACGUCAUAACGUUUACAGAGAUCUGUUCUAGAAUCACGCCGAUGGAAGUGGUUACCAUGUUGAAUUCUAUGUAUAGUUUAUUUGACAAACUGACAGAAAGACACGGCGUAUAUAAGGUGGAAACAAUAGGUGACGCCUACAUGGUUGUUUCUGGAGCUCCUGAAACGAAUCCAAAACAUUCGGAGAGGGUAUGUGACAUGGCUUUAGACAUGAUAAGGGUCAUUGGAGAACUCCAUGACCCUUCUACGGGUAAAAGUCUUCAGAUACGUGUAGGUAUCCACUCUGGAACGGUAGUUGCCGGAGUUGUAGGACUCAAGAUGCCGAGGUACUGUCUGUUUGGAGAUACCGUAAAUACAGCAUCACGAAUGGAAAGCACAAGUGAAGCAUUAAAAAUUCAUGUUAGUGAACGAACCAAGGACCUACUUAACGAAAAUGAGUGGCAUCUGUCAGAGCGAGGAACAAUUUUGAUCAAAGGUAAAGGGGAAAUGAAAACGUAUUGGCUCUAUGGACGAAAAGGGAAAAAAAGGAUAAGAAGCAGCGAAAUACAAAAUCUCAAAGAGGAACUUCAAGUUUUGUCAAACCCAGAGCAUGAUAGCAGUACAAGCGGGUCGUUAUGUUCGCCAUUUGCAAUAGAGGCAAUGGGUAAUUUCUUUUCGAAUGAUGAUUUCACUUCUAAUUGUUUCACUCCUAAUCAGGACGUAGAAACUUAUGAAUCACCAGCAUCUUUACAGUCUGUGACGUCAUUUAGUUUUAAUUAUAACAAGUUCGGACAAGAUCCUCCAAUCGUUUCGCAGAAGUCAACUUUUUCGUCCGUUAGCACUCAGACUAGUCCUUUUCGAUCCAGCCAGCAACGCCGAAAGAAGAUUUGGCAAGCAUGUGGACUUCUUCAAAGUAAAACAGCUUGGGAGAACGACAUUUUUUACCCACUGCUAAAUAAUGUUGGAGAAAAAAGAAACGGAUGUUGCCGUUGCUCUCACGACAAGCCUCGAAACGCUAAUUCUGACUUGAAUCUCUUAAGUGUAAGUCAUAGUAACCAGCAAAUUUCCUUCUGCACUCGUACUGUUAUAGUCCAAGAAAGAAGUUCUAAAGGAGAAUUAUCAGAGACGAAAAAUACUUGUUGUUGUUUUAGUUCUUGGACUAAAAGAAGAAAAGCAAGAAGAUGUCGCACUUGCUUCUUUCUUUGACAGCCUUCUCUCUGAUUCUGUUACUCAUUCUAAUAUUGGUCUAUCAAAGACAAUCACUUUUGUGUUGUUACGGUGAACUGACGUAGCAAGUUAGGCUAACUUUUAGGCCUACUCGUUCCAAAGUGUUAUAUAUACAUAUUUGUACAAUGGAAUGUGGUUUUAUUUCGGAAUUAGAACGCCAUGUUUUAAUUACCAGCCUAUUUCAUGAAUAAAUCCUUGUGUGUGUGUAUAAUAAAGGCAGAAAUUUAUAUAACUUCACCAUUUUAAAGUAAAUUUUCAUAAUACUAAUACUUGAAAAAUCACAUAUUUUUCAAUCAAAUAGAAGUAAUUUAUAUGAAUUCUGUGACGUACGUAUUACUAUAAGCCAGACAUCUUGUAAAGAUAUAUAUAUAUAUAUGUUGUAAAGUUCAAUAUUUUUAACAUGGAUUGAAAUCGUAUUUAUUACAGUGAAUGUCUUCCUGCAAAUCAAUAUUAGCUUUAUUCACAGCAUCUAAAAGUUUAUCUUAUAAAUGUGUCAUACAUCCAUCGAUACAAUAGGCUAAACAACAAUAUAUUAAGCACAUUUACUUCUAAUUAGCUUAUGUGACUUUCUAAAAGACAUCUCACAAAACGUCAAACCGGAAUUACACCUGGUGUAAUUGUUACAUAACACAUAUGGUUACGUCUUUACUAUAAAAUAUUUAAAGAGACAACUAUUCGUUGAGACCAUAAAUGAAGAUGAAAUAUUUACAGUAUUGUACAGAAAUCAAGUACCAAGGGAAAAAAUUGAGAAUUGGUUAAAAUUUUUCAUAACUGUUUUUGUCAAAGUGUAUUACAUCUAUAAGUAGUUGUAUUAAUCGAAGGCUAAUAUGUGAUGUUUAAAACUGUAUAUAUAUUUAUAAUAAUCAAUAAAAAUUAACAUGUCUGUCAAUUGUUGCAUAAAAGUGAAUCAUAUCGAACGUGUUCUUAAGUCUAAAUCAGUGUUAAUCCUCAAAAACUAGAGUUAAUAUUAUCAAAUUGUGCUACAUCAUAAAAGUUGAAGUUUAUGGUUUAAAUGCUUUAUAUAUAUGUGUGUUUAAAGUGUGUCCUUGUAUCUGUUAUUUAAUGAUUGAAAAGUUAUUUUCAAUAUAUAUUACAUGGAUUAAGCGAAAUAGUAAAACUAUAAAUGUGGCCUAAUAAUAUUACUUGUAACGUAUAUGUGUUAUUUCACGUAUUUCAUAUGAUUCAGAGAUUGAGAACGUUAUAUUAAAACAAUUUUGGAGCAUCACCAUGACGUUAUAGUCCA